UUUUUUCCAGUUUAGCGUCGUCGUCGAAUUCUCUUUGUUUGUUAGAGAGAGAAAGGUAGCGAGAGAGAGAGAGGAUUGUUGAAAUGGUGGAUCUCCAGAGGGUGUGUUGCAUGUGUGGUGAUGUGGGUUUCCCUGACAAACUCUUCCGCUGCAACAAAUGCCGUAACCGCUCUCAACAUUCGUACUGCAGCAACUAUUAUAGCGAAUUUGCGGGGGAAAUCAAGGUGUGUGAUUGGUGCCAAAGCGAGGAGAGAAGUGCCAGCAAACACGGGAGCUCUUCCAAGAAAUCAACCGGGCACGAAAGCGGCGGAGUCACAAAACGAUCGGAGUAUUCCCUUGAAAAAAUCAAGAAUCACGAUCGCCAAGAGAGCGGCAGCGGGGGCAGCGCAGCGAAGGUGAGGAGCCCCGGCGGCGGCGUGCCUUCUCCUCGGGCCGGUGCAAGGAGGUACAAGCUUCUCAAGGACGUUAUGUGCUGAAAAUAAAGAAAUAAUUAAUAAGUCAAAAGGAAUUUUGACCAGCCAGAAACAAAAUCUUCAAAGAAGAAGCAGAAGAAGCAGCAAUUGUGUUUUGAUAAGUAGAGGUGUCCCUUACAAUUAAGUUU